CUGGCUGACUACCAUCCAAUUACUGAUUACAUUACUUUCCGGUAUCGCUUUACUGAGGCGGCCGGCAUCAACCAAGGAGUAGCAGUGUUUUUCUAUCAAUUCCUUGCCAAUCAAGGUGAUUGUGUAACCGUAUGUGACGUGAACGCAACAUGUCAAGGUUUAUGUGGGGACGCGAUGGACCACGUGAAAAUGAAGAAAGCCCUGGUCGUCAACUCGACAGCAACAAUAACGAUGCAGUCGAUAUCUAAACCCGAUGGCUACUAUCAUUCUGGAAUUUAUUUCAAAACAGUUUUGUUUGAUCUCAACAAGAGAGCUUACUUCCAAUGUAAUUCAACUGUUCAACUCGAAAACGAUGUUCCAUUCUUCCUGGUUUCCCAGAAUUAUCCCUAUUCACCGUUCGAUUACUCCUAUUGUACCAUAACAUUCAACAGUGCAAAUGCGAUCCGGGCAGCCAUUUACGACUUGGUCACUGUAGGCCCGGUAACCUUCGAAGGGCCGGACUUAUUGGGAGGAACAGCAAAAAUUUCGCUCAGUGGGCGACAUGUUACCGAUGAUGAGCCGGUGGCAUUGUACUUUAAGAAAUCGAUGACGGUGUCAUUUUCGUUUCGCAAUGUGUCAGUGUUCUACACGAGAGGUUUCUAUAUCCUCGUGGAUAGCUAUACUCCAGGAGUUACUUCUUCGGAGUCAUGCCUAAAUAGCGGAGACUUUGUGGUCAGCACUAGUACUGUCAUAAACAUUGGAACAAAAAACUAUGGAACUAACCCUUAUUCAUCGAAUAUUAAUUGUUCGUACUCGUUUCGGAACACGUUGGAGGAUCAUCUGAUUGCAAUCAACAUGCAAUAUGAGACGGAGAAAUGCUGCGAUGUGAUGCUCAUUGAUGGCAUGGCCCCUCCUCCUUACAGUUUAUAUAAUUAUCAAGGUUUUAUGCAGCCGAUGUUUCAAUUUGCAAAUAGCAGUAUAGUCACUAUGAGCUUCACCUCUGAUGGGCUCGUAGGGGGUGCAGGUUUCAGCGGGACUGUUUAUAAUAUUGAUUGCUCGUGCGAUUCCCGUGUCGUCAAACUAACGGAAGGAAAUCCAUAUAUGGAGCUUACUUCACCUGGAUUUCACGAUAAAGCUCCAACGUAUUGUCCUAAUCUCAACUGCACCUGGACUGUGGAAUUUUCAACGGAUUACGAGCUUGUUUCUAACAUAUCUGUCCUGAAUCUUCGUUCUGUUGGUACACAACCUGAUCUCCUGACAGUACUGGACAAUUUUGGAAGGAUUCUCAGACAGGAGAACAUGAUUAUGUAUGGGGAAGUUACCGAGUCGAUUACCACAUCUGGACAACUUUCAUUCAAUUUGGUCACGUCUCCAGUAACUGCCUUUCCGCCCUCCUUCACGCUACCAGGAUUUCUAGUACAAUUGAAUCUUGUUAAAAAGACCUUUCAAAGGAAAACCAUUGUAUUGACCGAUGAGAACUUCAUGGUGGAUAUUUCGGCGAAGUCAUUUGCUGAAGGGCUCAACAUGACAUAUGAGUACACCAUUACGGCUCGCCCGAAUCGAAAGGUCUCCAUUUAUUUCUUCACGGCUACAUAUGGAAUAGUCAACUUGGACGUGUACGACGGGGUUGAUGCUAACGCUGACGUCAUCUACACAAGCUGGCUGUACGACAAAUUAGACGGUAUGGCUCCGAAAGUGGUCUCGACUGGCCAGCACAUAUUGAUCAGAAUAAGACCAAACAUCUACAACGCCAAGUCGGGAUUGGAUUUCCAAGCAAUGGCCACGGACUGGCAGCCAGAUAAUCAGUGCCCACCGCUGGUUUGGACAGCUGCGACUUCUGGACAGCAAGCAUCUAUUCCCCUUAAAGGAACAAACUGUCUCAAUGUGUACCAUUCGACAAACGACUACGAUCCGUCAAAUGGGAUCAUGGUCGAGUUGGAAAGCCCAUCCCAAGCAGUGCUAUACAAAGGUUUAACUACAAAUGCCACUCACGUCGUUAAAAGCGCUACCAGCCAGGAGUACCCGAAGUUUAUCUAUGGAGCUUAUGUUGUCAUAUUUUGCAACUCCUCUGAUGGAAAUGCUGUGAAAUACUCGUGGAGUAAGGGAAGGUUUACUACCACUCUCACCAUGUCACCGGAUGAUUCUGGAGUUAUUAUGUCCCAAGACUAUCUGCCAGAGUAUCCAAUAAUUGCCUUCGAACAGCAGUUUUCAAUCGAACUGGCAAGACGACAUUCACUUGGAUUCGGAGUUCAGAUCGGAGACAGCAGUCACAUGACGGGCAUACGGAUUGAAUUUCUCAAGUCACUGGGACAGGGUCACGGAACCCUUCAAAUGCAACAGUACAAUAAGCUACUGGAUGAAAUCCCAUAUCCCACAACUAACGGGAAAACAGUUUUCGAGCAGUGUGGAACGAAAAUGGUUAUAAGUUAUAUAUCUCCUGGAGGAUCUUCCAACGGCCUUUAUGCACGGUACAGCCGAGGGGCGCAAGUGUGCAAUCACGGACCUACUACUACAAUCAAGAUUUCAUUUUUGUUUAUAGUUGCUUUAUUGACUGGUUUAUCUUGUUAA